UAGGCAUGUACCUUCCUAGGUAGUAGGUAGGUCAAGGUGGAGGUACCCAAGUACCUGAUGUGACUUCACUGGCUAACGAUGUACACUACCUACCUACGCACUUGCUGUCCCUUCGAUGGACCUUGAAGCUCGAGCCACAACACAAUCGCGGAGAUCCACUUGCCCUUCAAAUGCAUUGGAACAGAGAGAGUAUAGCCAAGGUUUCCCCCAAGCUCCCGUCUGUCUCGGCGUCUCUGCCUUUUGUCUCCGUUGCCAUUCCAUUUGCCUCUCUCGCCGCUUGGUGCUGUGUUGUUUCAAGCAAGGUAACGUCGUCAUCGCGACCUGUCGCUUUCGUGCUUUACAGGCGCGUCCCCAAGAGCUUCCUCAAGCAUUGAUCCUCCGAUACCAACCCUAAAGUAGUCGCAUCGUCAAUUCUAUCAGGCGCUCACCAUGGCUCAAAUCCCACCUCCCAAGUCAAAGCUUGACAUCUUGCCCAAGAUGCAGGCAAAGGGCCCCUUCUCCGUCCCCUCACCCGGCGUGGAGGCCAAGGACGGCGAGACCGUGCCGCGCAGACUGCCGCAGGCCGUCCCCGACUUGAUCACGAUUCCUGGCGGCAACAUUACCACCACCUACGAGCUCGUUAAGCAGAGCGCCGAGAAGUAUGGCAACGCCAGGUGCCUGGGCUCGCGCAAGCUGGUCAACACCCACCGCGAGACUAAAAAAGUCAAAAAGAUGGUCGACGGUGAGGAGCGCGAGGUCGACAAGCAGUGGACCUACUUCGAGCUGAGCCCUUACGAAUACAUCACCUUCCACGAGUACGAGCGUCUCACCCUUCAGCUCGGCUCUGGCCUCCGCAAGCUAGGCAUGAUCAAGGGCGACCGUGUGCACCUCUACGCCGCCACGAGCUCGCACUGGCUGGCAAUGUCUCAUGCUGCUGCAUCACAGUCUAUGCCCGUCGUGACGGCGUACGACACGCUCGGCGAAGAGGGUCUGAGAUACUCCAUGGUUGCGACCUCCGCGAAGGCUAUCUUCCUCGACCCUCACCUGCUGCCGACCCUUGUCAACGUCCUCCAGGAGGCCAAGGACAUCCGCUACGUCAUUUGGAAUUCUCAGAACCAGAUCCAGCAGACGCACGUGGAACAGCUCAAGUCUGCACACCCCGAGAUCCAAAUUCUGAGCAUCGACGAGUUACGGAAACUCGGAGAGGAGAACCCUGUCGAAGCCGUUCCUCCCACCACCGACGACUUGUGCUGUAUCAUGUAUACCUCGGGUUCGACCGGCACCCCUAAGGGUGUUCCUCUGAAGCACAAGGCCGUUGUUGCCGCUGUUGCUGGUGUUAGUGCCGUUGUGCAGCCCUUCAUUGGCCCUGGGGAUGGCCUCCUGACCUACCUCCCGCUCGCCCACAUUCUCGAGUUUGUCUUUGAGAACGCCUGCAUCUACUGGGGGACCACCAUGGGUUACGGCAAUCCCAAAACGCUGUCCGACAACUCGGUCCGCAACUGCGCUGGUGAUAUUAGGGAAUUUAAGCCCUCCGUCAUGGUCGGUGUUCCCGCAGUCUGGGAGACAGUGAAGAAGGGGAUUAUCGCCAAGGUCAACGCAGGCAGUUCUCUCGUCAAGACGCUCUUCUGGAAUGCGCUAUCUGCCAAGACGCACAUGAUGAACGCGGGUAUCCCCGGCUCUGGAGUGCUCGACUCUAUCGUUUUCAAGAAGCUCAAGGAGGCGACUGGUGGGCGUCUCAAGCUCUGCAUGAACGGAGGUGGCCCCAUCGCCAAGGAAACCCAGCAGUUUAUUUCGAUGGCCAUCGCCCCCAUGAUCAUUGGCUACGGUCUUACCGAGACUACCGCCAUGGGCUGCCUUAUGAACCCCUUGGAAUUUAACGUUAACAACAUGGGUGCAAUGCCGGCGUCCAUCGAGGUCAAGCUGGUUGAUUUCGCCGAGGCCGGUUACUACUCCACCAACAAGCCCAACCCCCAGGGUGAGGUUUGGAUUCGUGGACCCUCGGUUCUGGAUGAGUACUACGAGAACCCCAAAGAGACGAAAGAGGCCAUCACCGAGGAUGGCUGGUUCAAGACGGGCGAUAUCGGCGAGUUUGACCACAAUGGCCACCUUAAGCUCAUUGACAGAAAGAAGAACUUGGUCAAGACGCUCAACGGCGAGUAUAUCGCCCUCGAGAAGCUCGAGUCCAUCUACCGCGCCGCUGCUGUGGUUGCCAACAUUUGUGUCUACGCCGAUGCCAAUAAGGCCAAGCCGAUUGCAAUCAUCGUCCCUGCCGAGCCGGCUUUGAUCAAACUAGCGGAGAGCAUCGGUGUCAAGGGCAACAACCUCGAGGAGCUAGUACACGACAAGAAGCUGCAGGCCGCUGUUCUGAAGGAACUGCAGAAUGCUGGCCGUUCGGGCGGUCUCUCCGGGAUUGAGAUUAUCGAGGGUGUUGUCAUGUCCGACGAGGAAUGGACCCCUCAAAACGACCUGGUUACGGCGGCGCAGAAGCUUCAGCGUAAGAAGAUCCUGGAAAAGUACAAGAACGAUGUUGCCAAGGCCUACGGCUCGUCCUAAAUGUGGAAGUUUCUUUCGAUUUUCAUGAUGUGUUUUGAUGUUGUAAUUAUCUAUAAUUUUGCGGCAAAGGUUGGGUUGGCUACGGAACGCUUGAUAUCCAGGAGUACAGUGUGCGCGGUUCGACUUUGUAACAAUGACAAACAUCUUCGUCCGGAUAUGGAGGGACCUUUCUGGGUCUAAUCAGUAAGC